CCCGAUAUGUCGUCCGCAGGCAGCUUGGGUGGCCUCAUGGCGGGCACCCUCAGCUAUUGGCUCUAUUUCCACCGCUUCGAAGUUCACCUGCUGGGUCUCAGGAUAUUAAACACCUUUCUGGGCUGCAGCAUUGCUCUGGCAAUCACUCUCUCCAAGGCCUAUUCCUACACUACCGCACAAGCACUAGCCACGACACUGGCCAUUUCCUCGUCCUUUCUCAUCGGAGCCUAUGGCAAUUGUCUGAUCUUCCGCCUGUUCCUCAAUCCACUGAACAAGUUCCCCGGUCCCUUCGCCGCGAGAAUCUCCAGCAUGUGGUGGCCCACGCAACUGGGCAACUCUGACGGCUACUAUUGGCUUCUAGAGCAGCAUCAGAAGCAUGGCAAGUACGUCCGCGUGGGCUCUAACGAUCUCUCGAUUAUUGAUCCCGAUAUCAUGGAAUUGGCAUAUGGCCACAAAUCCCGCGUCACCAAAGCUCCCUGGUACGACAAUGACUAUCCCCUCACUUCCAUGCACACCUCUCGCGACAAAGGUCUGCAUGAUCGAAGACGACGCGUCUGGGCACCAGCCUUCUCCGAGAAGGCACUGCGAGACUAUGAAACGGAAAUUCAGAAAUUCAACGAUAAAUUCAUCCGCAAAAUCAGUGAGCACAACGGUGGUCCCGCGAACAUCACCAAAUGGUUCAACCUCUUCUCCUUCGACGCCAUGGGACUUCUCGCAUUCGGACGCGACUACGGCAUGCUGGACAAGGGCGAAAAGCCACACGAGCUCGAAAUGUUGGACGAAGGGAUGCAACCCUUGGCAUAUCGUCUCCCCUCCUGGUUCUUCCGCAUCCUCACAUCGAUUCCAGGCCUCGCAGCAGGGUAUCAAAAGUUUGUCGAUUUCUGCAUCAGCGAGUUGACAUGGCGCGUCAAAAAUGGCGGCAAGCGCGAAAGCGACAUUAUGGGAUGGUUAUUGAAAGCCUACAAGGACGUCCCACAUCCCGAACGCGACACGAUGCUGCAGGCCGAUGCCCGUCUGAUCAUCGUGGCAGGCAGCGAUACCACCGCUGCGACCUUCACAUACAUGUUCUACCACCUCGCCCAAAACCCCGAAUGUGUGAAGAAGCUCCGAGAGGAACUCGAUCCUCUGACACAAGGCGAGUGGCAAGAAAAGGAUAUUCGAGGUGCGCAAUACCUCAACGGAUGCAUUAAUGAGGCCCUCCGUCUUCACCCUCCUGUCCCAUCGGGCGUCAACCGCCUCACACCCCCCGAAGGCCUGACUGUCGGCGACGUCCACAUUCCCGGAAACGUCACAUUUUUCACUCCCCAAUACGUCAUGGGAAGAGACCCCUCAAUCUACACCUCCCCCAACACCUUCCUCCCCGAACGCUGGUUCGACGCCUCAGCCUCAACAACCAUCAAACACAAAGACGCUUUCACACCCUUUUCCGCCGGGCCAUUUGGCUGCAUAGGAAAAAAUCUGGCACUCAUGGAACUCCGCACGCUCACGACGAAAUUGGUGAAGAAGUUUGAUUUGAAAUUGGCGGAUCAUGAGGAUGGAGAGAGAUUGUUGAAGCAGACUAAGGAUCAUUUUACGGUGGAUUUGGGGGAUUUGGAGGUUUGUUUUUGGGAGAGGGGGAGGGGGAAUUGA